AGUGCCGCAGAUAGGGGCUGCAAACGCACGCAGCGCUUAUGCAGGAGUUUUUCCUCAUUGCCUGCAAGUGAGCGAACUAUCACACAUUAAAGUGACUUGAGAAAUCAGAGCGCACGGAUGCUUGGAUAGUCGACAGGGCAGAUCCUAUUCUGCUUAUUCACAUCUUCAAGGUAAGAGGACGGUGCAGUAGGCUCCUGUGUCUUCAAGAGUUCGGAAUCUGUGCGGGCAGUCUCAUCACUCUUUUUCUGUAUUUGGAAAUAUCUUUGGACGGAGUCAUCUUGGAUAGCCCACCGAAAAGGAAGGAUUUUUAUGAUUCUUUAUUUGAAUUGCAAUUCCAGGAUACGUUUUUAAACUGAAAUUGACUGAUAUAAAUUUGAAGUGAAAUGACAAAACAGUUUGGACAUUUGCAUGAUCAUGUCCUAAUGCUUUCAUGACAGAGGCUACAACAGUAGCGCACGGACUGUUGCAUUUGUGCUUUGCACGGAAUGCGUUUUUAUUAAAAUAAGAAAAAAUCAAAAUAUUGAAUACAAACGCAGAAAAGCAAAGAGAAUAGCCCGCGCACUUGCUGUUCACUGCAGUUGAGGCGGAGUGGGAGGGCGUCCGGAGAAUGAAGUCUCACGCAUCCUGAAACGGAGGACUUAAAAUCUAACCGAAAACGAACAUUGUUCAACAGAUAACAAUAUAGGCUACUCAGCUAAUAACUCGUAUACAAAUUCAAUUUCAGGCUUCAUAAUCAAGUAAAUUCAUUCAGGUGGAACAAUGAGGACUACUGGCGCAGUGGACUAUCUAUGCUACUGUAUUAUCAUCCUGCAGCUGCUGAAUCAGCCCGCUGCUAAGCAAGUGCUCCGAUAUCGCUUGGCUGAGGAGGGACCCGCCGAUGUCAGGGUAGGAAACGUAGCAGCAGACCUCGGAAUUGUUGCCGGGUCCGGUGAGGUUACAUUUACGCUCGAGUCCGGCUCAGAUUUUUUCAAAAUAGAUAACAUUACAGGCGAGCUGACCACCAAUGAACGACGGAUAGACCGUGAAAAAUUACAACAGUGCCAAAUGAUAUUUGAUGAAAAUGAAUGUUUCAUCGAUUUUGAAGUGUCCGUCAUUGGACCGGCGCAGAGCUGGGUCGAUUUAUUUGAAGGAAAAGUAAUCAUUUUAGACAUAAAUGACAACACACCAUCAUUCCCCUCACCUGUUUUGACUUUGUCUGUGGAAGAGAACAGACCUAUUGGCACCCUUUAUCUAUUGCCCCCGGCCACAGACAGAGAUUUUGGCAGAAAUGGCAUCGAGAGAUAUGAGCUUAUUCAGGAUGGGGAGAGCUCGAGGCGGCUGGGCUCGAGCUCCGGGGGACGCGUGGACAACGGAGAUUCUUUCUCAGGCAAGAGGAGAUUUGACGAGGGGGCGAGCAGAAGUAGCGUGUUUGAACUGCAAGUUGCUGACACGACAGACGGCGAAAAGCAGCCCCAGCUCAUCAUUAAGGGGGCACUGGACAGGGAGCAGAGGGACUCUUACGAGCUCACGCUGCGCGUCAGGGAUGGGGGUGACCCCGCGCGCUCCUCUCAGGCCAUUCUCAGGGUGAUGAUCACCGACGUGAAUGAUAACAGCCCGCGUUUCGAGAAGAGCGUGUACGAAGCCGACCUGCCUGAGAACAGCUCCCCUGGUGCCCCCAUCCUGCAACUGAAAGCCUUUGACGCGGACGUGGGGGUGAACGGUCAGAUUGAGUAUGUUUUCGGGGCAGCCACCGAGUCAGUGAGGAGGUUACUGAGGCUGGACGAGAGCACGGGCUGGCUGAGCGUGCUGCACCGCAUAGACCGCGAAGAGGUCAGCCAGCUGAGGUUCACCGUCAUGGCCCGGGACCGCGGCCAACCGCCCACAAAGGACAAGGCCACGGUGAUCCUCAACAUCAAGGACGAGAACGACAACGUGCCCGCCAUCGAGAUCCGCAAAAUCGGACGCAUCUUCCUCAAAGACGGGGUCGCUAACGUGGCCGAGGAUGUGGUGGUGGACACCCCCAUAGCCUUGGUCCAGGUGUCUGACCGUGACCAGGGCGAGAAUGGCAUCGUCACCUGCACCGUGGUGGGGGACGUCCCCUUCCAGCUCAAACCGGCCAGUGAGAUGGAGGGGGAGCAGAACAAAAAGAAAUACUUCCUCCAUACCUCGGCCCCGCUGGACUACGAGGCCAUACAGGAGUACAACGUUGUCAUCGUUGCUGUGGACUCGGGGAGUCCUAGCUUAGCGAGCAACAACUCACUCGUCGUCAAGGUGGGGGACACCAACGACAACCCGCCUGUCUUCAGCCAGAGCGUUGUGGAGGUGGUCUUUCCUGAAAACAAUGCCCCUGGUGAGAGGGUGAUGACCUUGUCGGCCAUGGAUGCAGACAGUGGCAAAAAUGCGGAAAUCGCCUAUUCUCUGGACCCAUCCGUGAAUGGAAUUUUCUCCAUUGACGAAGACACUGGGGACCUCAGAGUCCAUAUGAUUUUGGACCGUGAGCAGACCGACAGGCACGAGUUCAAAGUGAUAGCCAAAGACAAGGGCAUGCCCAUUCUGCAGGGCUCAGCCGCGGUGGUUGUCCUCGUGUCUGACAAGAACGACAACGAGCCUAAGUUCAUGCAGGACGUCUUCACCUUUUACAUCCGGGAAAACCUGCAGCCCAACAGCCCCGUUGGCAUGGUGACCGUCGUGGACGCGGACAAGGGGCAAAAUGCCCAAAUGAGCCUAUUCGUCGAGGAAGAGGAGGAGAUCUUCUCCAUCGAGAACGACACAGGGACUAUCUUCUCCACCAUGUCCUUUGACCGCGAGCUGAAGACCGCCUACACUUUUCGCGUGAAGGCGGUGGAUGGCGGAGACCCGCCCAGGUCGGCCACGGCUACCGUCUCUCUCUUUGUGAUGGAUGAGAACGACAACCCUCCGACGGUUACCUUCCCCAUCAACAGCUCUUACACCCUCCUCCCCCCGUCCAGCAACGUCAGGACCGUGGUGCGAACCGUCAUGGCCACCGACACGGACACGGGGAUCAACGCCGACCUGAACUACAGCAUCGUCGGUGGCAACCCCUUCAAGCUGUUUGAGAUCGACGGCGGCAGCGGGGUCAUCUCCUUAGUGGGCAAGCUGGAGCAGAAACACUACGGCCUGCACAGGCUGGUGGUCCAGGUGAACGACAGCGGCCAACCUUCCCAGAGCACCACCACCCUGGUCCACGUCUACAUCAACGAGACCCUGUCCAACUCCAGCGUCGUCGAGGCCCAGGUGGCCAAGAGCUUGGGAACCCCCCUCAACACCAACAUCGCCGGCGACCCCAACUACAACCUGGGCAAGCAGAGACUGAGCAUCGUCAUCGGGGUGGUGUCGGGCAUCAUGACGGUCAUCCUCAUCAUCCUCAUCGUGGUCAUGGCCCGCUACUGCCGCCCCAAGAACAAGAACGGUUACGAGGCGGGCAAGAAGGACCACGAGGACUUCUUCACGCCCCAGCAGCACGACAAGAGCAAGAAGCCCAAGAAGGACAAGAAGAACAAGAAGUCCAAACAGCCGCUGUACAGCAGCAUCGUGACCGUGGAGGCCUCCAAACCCAACGGCCAACGCUACGACGGCGUCAACGAGAAGCUGUCGGACAGCCCCGGGAUGGGUCGCUAUCGCUCCGUGAACGGAGGGCCUGGGAGCCCGGAUCUGGCCCGGCACUACAAGUCCAGCUCGCCUCUCCCCACCGUCCAGCUUCAUCCGCAGUCUCCGACGGCCGGGAAAAAGCACCAGGCGGUACAGGAUCUGCCCCCUGCGAACACAUUCGUUGGGACCGGAGAUAACAUUUCCCUUGGAUCUGACCACUGCUCUGAAUACAGCAGUCAAACCAUCAACAAGUACAACAAACAGGUAAGACUCGGUGACUUUUAAACGUUUUCUUUGUCUAAUCCUCUCUGUUCGAAAUGUGUGUUCGUGUGUUCCUGCCUCUUAGUGUAAUCUCGAUCGUAAUGCUGUCUGACAGGGAUGGUGUCAGUAGUUAUGUUGCUUUUUAUGGUGCUAAUGUGUGUCAAGUUAGUUGUAUUGAUCUGUUUUGGUUUGGAGUGCCAUUCACAUGGAAUAUUAAAAAGGGAGUUGAGAAUGUGCAUAUCCCGUUUGGAUAUCCUUUCAACACAGCAUUUCAACGCAGCACCUACCCCACUAUUGUUAUUGUUUUUCCAUGCUAGUGUUCAAAGUUACUCAACUCAGAGUUCAGGGUUAGGAUCAGAGUUUGUUGAACCCUCUACCUGCAAUAACCCCCUGUUUGUUUUCAGACUGGAGGGCGUCAUGUUUGCUGAUGCACAUUAGUGGCAGUGCCCCAGACAACUCACACAAGGGUCUCAUUUGCAGUUCUUUGAUCCCUGGGGAGGCUUUGCAAGUUUAGGCACCCGUCAGCUAGGUCAAACCCCAGCCCCAUUUUUUACAACAACAUCACCUUUUUUUUUGUUGUUGAUGGAAACAAAGGAAAAGGGGAAAUUUAGGAAGCUGAAAAUGCAGCAAGGAGUGGCGGUGUUAGGAAUGCUUGCUGAGGUGUUUUACAUGGCUCCCUCGGUUUGACUAGGAACAUCUGGGCCGGCAGGUCAUGUUAACAUUCCUCUGCACUGGUGUCUCUAUCAAUUCACCAACCCAACAGUGUACUCUCUCUCUCUCUCUCUCUCUCUCUCUCUCUCUCUCUCUCUCUCUCUCUCUCUCUCUCUCUCUCUCUCAGCCCAAUUUCAUACUUAUGGAUCCGUCCUUCCUUCACCCCAUUGCCUCUCCUCUUUUUUCUCCGUCUUCCUCCUCUUUCCUCCCCUCUUUCUCACAUGCUCUCCCUCCAGCAUUCCCUACCUCUGUUUCGGUCUUCUUCCCUCAUCACCCACUAUGUUUUCAUUUGUAAUGUAAAAGGCUUUUGCGGCUCGGGGCAUGACAGGGGUUUCAUAUUUUAGGCAGUGUGGCGUGAAUUAAUGAAAUCAUAUCAUUAUUGGUCUUUUACUUUAUUUUCCCAGCCGGAGUCAAGCGAGGCGAAGCUAGGUUAAUACAUUAUGAAGCCAUGCCUUUUCAUCUGCGUUUGCCAAGAAGAGAACACUUUCUCUAUUGUUUCAUGUGUUUUUCUAUGGCAGUCUAAUGCAUUAUUGAUUGUUCUCUUACAUGGUGUAAGCAGCCACUCAUCGUGCAUUCCUGAGUGCUGUUCCCUCAGCACUUGGUUGGAUUCUCUCUGUUUUUCUUGGUCUGUCAUUCUCUCCCCCCCACACCCUCUGGUUCUUAAUUUCCCUAUUUUUUCUCUCUUCAGUAUCUGUUCCCAUUUCCUCCUCUGUUCCCAUCCACUCCUGUAUUGUUGCCUGUGCUCUCUUUUGCUCUGUCCCUUUCUGCACAAUAUCUGCCUCUGCAUUUCUUCCUCUCUACAAAUCCAACUUCCCUCCCACCCUAACUCCCUCUCCCUCUCUUGCUCAGCUUCUUUUUCUUGUUCCUCUCUCUCUCUCUC